AUGUCAUUUUCAUUUUCAUCAUCUUCUUCUCUACUGUCAGCAAGAAGAUCCAUUGCCACUGCUACAGGGUCGCUUUACAUGAAUGCCGGUGGUGGCCGCGUCUCCUCGGCAGUCCAAGACAAGGAUACUAUUGCCAAAUCGUCCAAAAAGGGCAAGACGAAGCCCGUCGUCAAAUUGGACACGAACCCACCCAAGGGUACUCGCGAUUUUUACCCCGAAGAUAUGCGAUUACGAACGUGGCUCUUUGAUCAAUGGCGUGCCGUGGCCAAGACCUAUAGUUUUCUGGAAUACGAUGCUCCCGUGUUGGAGAGUGAAUCCUUGUACACCCGCAAGGCAGGAGAAGAAGUCACACAACAAUUGUACAAUUUUGUCGACAAGGGGGAUCGGGCCGUGGCGCUGCGACCCGAAAUGACACCCUCCUUGGCUCGCAUGGUCAUGGCCAAAAAGGGAGGAUUGCCACUCCCUCUCAAAUGGUUCUCCAUCCCGCAAUGCUGGCGCUACGAACGCAUGACACGAGGACGAAGACGAGAACAUUUUCAAUGGAAUAUGGAUAUUUGGGGUAUAGCCGGUGUCGAGGCAGAAGCAGAUUUACUCUCGGCCAUGGUGGCAUUUUUCAAACGAGUUGGUUUGACCAGUGAGGAUGUUGGUAUCAAGGUCAACUCGAGACUGGUGAUUGCCGAAGUGUUGACCGAAUUGGGAAUUCCCGAAGACAAGUUUGCCGCCACUUGUGUUUUGAUUGACAAAUUGGAAAAGGUUCCAUUGGAUGCCAUUCAAGGAGAUUUGGAAGAACUUGGAUUGGAUCGAUCCGUCAUUGAACAGUUGACACAAGUACUAACCAACAACUCCAUUGAAGGAUUGGAAGAAACUCUUGGUCCUGACUCGGAAGCCAUUCAGGAAUUGAAAAAGCUGGUGGAGCUUUGUGAAGCCUACGGCAUUGACGACUGGAUUCUCAUUGAUGCCUCUGUCAUUCGAGGUUUGGCGUAUUACACUGGAAUUGUGUUCGAGGCCUUUGAUCGGAAAGGAGUGCUACGAGCCAUUGCUGGCGGUGGCCGGUACGAUAAACUGUUGGAAACAUUUGGUGGGGAUCCCACGCCAGCAGCUGGCUUUGGAUUUGGAGAUGCCGUCAUUGUGGAACUGCUCAAAGAACGAAAUGUCCUGCCUUCCUUUGAAAGCUCUGGUACCGAUACGGUGAUUUUUGCAAUGAACCAAGACCUCUAUAAAGUGGCUUUGGGUGUGGCGACUACGCUACGGGAAAACGGACAAAGUGUCGAUGUUGUUUUAGAACAAAAGAAACCAAAAUGGGUCUUCAAGCACUCGGAUCGCAUUGGAGCAAAGUACUGUGUAAUUGUGGCACCCGAUGAGUAUGAAAAUGGUCAAGUCUCGGUCAAAGAUUUGGAAUCUGGAGAGCAAACGGCAGUCAUGAUUGACGCUCUGCCAGAGUGGGUUCAAGGCACUGACUGA